CUCUCUCUCUCCAGGUUAUUUCUCUCUGCCCCUCCUCUCACACUUCUUUAUAUAUGAACACAUUAUUAUUAUUAUUAUCAUAAUCAUCAACUUAUAAUAAAGAUUGGCUUUACUUGAAACUCAUAACAACAAACACACAAAGAAAGGUAAAGGCAUAACAAACAUGGGAAGAGCUCCUUGCUGUGACAAAGCCAAUGUCAAAAAAGGACCAUGGUCUCCUGAAGAAGAUUCCAAACUCAAGUCUUACAUAGAACAGAAGGGUACUGGUGGAAAUUGGAUUGCUCUGCCACAGAAGAUAGGACUUAAGAGAUGUGGAAAAAGUUGUCGUCUUCGAUGGUUAAAUUAUCUUCGACCGAAUAUUAAACAUGGUGGUUUUUCAGAGGAAGAAGAUGACAUUAUAUGUAGUCUCUAUAUUAGUAUCGGAAGCAGGUGGUCAAUCAUAGCAGCACAAUUACCAGGACGAACGGAUAAUGAUAUAAAGAACUACUGGAACACAAGGUUGAAGAAAAAGCUCCUUGGAAAACAAAGGAAGGAACAACAUGCUCAAGCUCAAGCUCAAGCUCAAGCUCAAGCGCGAAGAGUUAGCAACAUGAAACAAGAAAUGAAAAGAGAAACAAAUCAUAAUUUGAUGAUAUCUUCUUGUAUGAGUACUCAAGCUCCUAAUUAUUGGACAGCUGCAGAGUAUUCUGUUCAUCAUCCCAUCCAAGUUUCAAAUUCUUCCAUCAUGAACUAUGAUCAUCUCAACAAUGAAACAUCUUUCACAAAUUUGCUUCAUCCAACAACCAUAGUGGACAUGAACAUGAACAUGAACAUGAACAUGACAAACCCUUUGUCCAUGGUGAGUGAUACAAACAAUGGUGGUAGUAAUUGUGAUCAUCCACCACAAAUAUUUGAAGGGUUUGAAAUUUUUUCAAGUGAUUUAAGUGAGUUGGUUUGUGUGAACCAACAACAAAUGGAGGCUUUUUAUGGAAUUGAUCAAUCCAAUGGUGGUAGCACAAUCACAACUUCAACAGAAAGCACUAGUUGGGGUGAUAUGAACUCUUUGGUUUAUUCACCUAAUUUGGUUUCUGAUUAUGAAGGUUCAAUUCCACAAGAUGUUGCUACUUUUGAGGAUUCUAGGUAUUUUAAAAUGCAAUAACGGUUUUGCAUAUGGGGUGGUGUAAAUUUGUAAUGGUACAAGUUUUUUGGUUGGUAAAAAACCCUAAUUAAUUACUUCACUUUUAUUCCCUCACAUAUAUAAUUUGUUGGUUUUUGUGGUUUCUUUUCAUAACAUUGUUUUGAACAUCUUUCAUUUGCUUGAUUAUUGAUAUAUAUUAUCAUAUAUUGAGUCCA